AUGGGUGACUGGAGUUUCCUUGGCAACAUCCUCGAGGAAGUCAACGAGCAUUCUACGGUAAUCGGUAGGGUGUGGCUUACCGUACUGUUCAUCUUCCGAAUCUUGAUCUUGGGCACGGCUGCGGAGUUCGUGUGGGGCGACGAGCAGUCGGAUUACGUGUGCAACACGCAGCAGCCGGGUUGCGAGAACGUUUGCUACGACGAGGCCUUCCCUAUUUCGCACAUUCGCCUUUGGGUUCUUCAGAUCAUCUUUGUUUCCACACCCUCUUUGGUGUACGUGGGCCAUGCUGUCCACCAUGUACAUAUGGAAGAGAAACGCAAAGAAAAAGAAGAGGCAGAAAUAAACAGGCAGCAAGAGAUAAAUGAAGAAAGGCUGCCGCUUGCACCCGAUCAGGGAAGCGUCCGCACGACCAAGGAAACCGGCACGAAGGGCAGCAAGAAGUUUCGUCUGGAGGGCACGCUUUUGAGGACGUAUAUCUGCCACAUUAUCUUUAAGACUCUGUUCGAGGUAGGCUUUGUGGUGGGCCAGUACUACCUGUACGGCUUCCGAAUCCUGCCGCUGUACAAGUGCAGCCGUUGGCCGUGCCCGAACACGGUCGACUGCUUUGUCUCGAGACCUACCGAGAAAACCGUCUUUAUCAUCUUUAUGUUGGCCGUAGCCUGCGUCUCCCUCUUUCUCAACUUUGUGGAAAUCAGCCAUUUGGGCCUGAAAAAGAUCCACUUCGCGUUUCGUAAACCAUCCCAAUCCGAGGGACCUGGGGCGGCCGACAAGUCUUUGCCGUCCAUGGCGGUGUCCUCCAUCCAGAAAGCCAAGGGCUACAAGUUGUUGGAGGAGGACAAGGCUACCUCGCACUUCUUCCCCAUGACAGAGGUGACGGGGAUGGAAGCGGGGCAACUGCCGGCACCCUAUGAGCCAUUUGAAGAGAAAUCAGACGAGAGAGGUGCAUCUAAAAAAGACAUGUCCAAGGUGUACGAUGAGACGCUACCCUCCUACGCCCAAACCACAGUGAUAGGGCCGAGCGCAGCAAGCAUUCUACUCAGAGACGAAGAUGAGGAUGAGCUGGCCGUGGAAGCCAGUGAGACUAUCGAAGACAUGCGACCCCUCAGCAGCUUGAGCAAAGCCAGCAGCCGUGCACGGUCGGAUGAUUUGACGGUAUAA